GCCAAAUUUCAGUGGAGAUGCUACCAGAAAAAGUAAAUCUUGGAAAUAGCUUGAAAGAGAGUCAAAGAAACAAAUAGAUAUGGCUGCAGCUAAAUACCCAGAGUAGAAACACCCCCCUCAAGAAAUCCUCAAAUACUCCACAUACACAAAGAUUUCAGAUUUGAAACGAGAUGGGAAAGAUUGGUUGCACCAUAGAUGGCAACCUGGAUGACUCAAAAUUCAGCGAGCCGAUGCCAUGGAUCGGUAUCUAUGUUGCAGCAGCAUCUGCAGCUUGUGCACUGGCCAUGGCGAUUGAUGUCCUUCAUGGCCUGCGCCAUAGAAAAUUUUGGUUUCCUUGCAACUUCUUCUCUCUUAAUGCUACAACAUUGACGCUCCUAGCUGUUGCCACCAAGUUGUCUGUUGAUCUAAAUACAUCCAUGCCUCACCGACAAGAUCAGCUGACAAAACUUAGCAGUGCUGCUCUACUCUGUACGGUAAUUGCUAAUUUUUUUCCUUCCUUGGGUCAAAUGGAGAAUAAAGAGUUGUUGAUGAACAUAGUGGCUUUGGGGAUUUUCAUCAUCACGGCCAUCGUGAACAUUGGCAUACAAUUAGCUACUGGUGUUAUCUAUGUUUUCUGCAAAGAGCAUAUAGCCCUCAUGUUUCUUAUGCUUAUUUUGCUUCUGUUACUGAUCUCCUCAGCCUUGACAAUGCCAACUACAAAGUGUUAUUUGGACCUGAAAUAUAACAACAGUUACAAGUUAGCUAAUAAAGAACGCAACAUCAGCUAUAAAUGCAAAACUCAGAAACUGAAGGACGAACUGAUGAUAUUAUGGACCAUGGCCUAUACCUCUAGCCCCCACUUUGUCGCAGGGCGCUUAGCAACAUGCACUGCCUCUGGAGGUUUCUGCCUUCUGAGCACAGUAAUUUAUGCUCAAGCCAUGCUUAGGUCUUACUUUCUUCAUUCGAGCUUAAGCUUUUGUAGUGGAGACUCUGAAUACAAGUGGUCCAUAACCUUGAUUCUUGUAACUCACACAGUGGCAAUCAGGGUGGGAACUAUUGCACCAGCUUUUAGAUGGUUCAUAGCCAUAAAUUUCCGCUGCCCCCAAAAAACAAAUAAUGCCUGCAAACUCACGUUGUUCAAAGUGGAGAACUACUGGAUCCAUACACUGCUAAAGUGGAAAGAAUGUUUGUUGGAUUUCAGAAUUUGUGGCCGGCAUGGUAGAAAAUUCAUUCAUAAAACAAGGAACAAACUUCUCGAUUUCUGCAUUUGGAUACAAAUUCUGAUGGUGUCACUCAGUAAGGUAGUUCGGGUCAUUUCCACUUGCUCUGUGAGUUGGUUACUGAUAAGCUGUCACAAAGCAACCAGGAUGCUGAAAUGCAAAAAUGUGGUGUGGAGUCAUGAUAUAGAGUCACAAGCUAGGAUGGGGAAAAAGGAGCAGCCUAAACAUCUAAUACAAUUUUUGGAGAAAGUGAAGGCAUCACCUGGAUUCAGGGGAGUGCACGAAUUCGACCAUGCUAAAAUUCCAUCUUUAGACUCAGAAGAACCUCCUAAUUGCUGGGCUCUUCCUAUAGUGACACUAACAAGCAUUGCAAUUGCACUUCCAGACAUUGGUUUCCACUUAAUCGAGGAAUUAAUAAGGAGUGUGUAUGAAGGUUUCAUGUACAUCAAACUUGUUGAAGAGAACCUGGAUAGCAGAAAUGACCUAGUAUACAUCAGGAAGGCAGCAGAGUUAGUGUGGGUAGAAGUUGACUUAUGUUACAAGUGGCUGGACGUCGAUCUCCGCAAAGCUGCCACUGAAGGACAGAAUCCAAAAGGCGUGCUUGAAGGACUCUCUGAGAAAGCAAAGGAAAGAUUCAUCGAAUUCAGAAAGAAAGAUCCAAAUGCUUGUAUAAAGGGUUCGCCUUCAACAUGGCCUCCCAAUAUGUUGGCAGCCAACUAUAUAACAGGUGCUUGUCUUACCAACCUUGAUAAAGUUAUAUCCAUGCGAUGCCACCAUGGCACCAUUGAAGAGAGAGCAGCAGGUGUCCGCUCUGCCAUCUUACUUCUGGGGAAAGCAGAGAGUGUUCUGCAUAUUCUUUGUUCACAGUCACUUCCAAGUUCAGCACCAGAUCAAUUGGAAAAAAUUGAUCAUUGGCGCUCACAUAGCAAAGAGGUAGACAACCUCUCCUGCAGUAGUAGCUCACCCUCAAAUUGUUCUCUAACUUCCCAAAGUUCAUCGGACUUGUAUCUAACUGUGGACUAA